GUCGUCGUCUCAAAAGCUCUCGUAUUUAACAACAAAACCUCUGAUAUGGUGGUGACGAUAAUGAUGAGGAAGAUAAGCAGGGCCUCCACGCUCCUUUGCACUCUGCUCCUUCUCUCCGGACUGCUGUGCUUCGAGCUCGCAUGCGCCCAUGGCGGCAUCGACGACGGAGACGACGACACCCCACCGGCGGCCGACGCUGACCCAUCGUCGGUUCAUCAUCACCUGCGCUCCAAGGGCCUGGUCGCCGUCAAGGUGUGGUGCCUCGUCAUCCUGCUCGUCGUCACUUUCAUCGGCGGCAUGUCACCCUACUUCUACCGCUGGAACGAGGCGUUCCUCCUCGUGGGCACGCAGUUCGCCGCUGGCGUCUUCCUCGGGACGGCGCUCAUGCACUUUCUCGCCGACUCUACAAGCACUUUCCACGGCCUCACCAGGAACCACUACCCGUUCUCCUACAUGCUUGCCUGCCUCGGCUUCCUGCUCACCAUGCUCGCCGACUGCGCCGUCGCCGCGGUCACCAAGAGAAGCGGCGGCGCCGGCGCCCAGAGGGUGCUCAACGAGGCCGCCGGCCGGGAAGAAGAAGAAGAAGGUGACGCCCAGACCAAGGAGGACCACGCGCCCCACCAGCACCACCCCAUGUUGGUCAGGACGGCGUCGUUCGAGGACGCUGUCCUGCUCAUUUUCGCGCUCUGCUUCCACUCCAUCUUCGAAGGGAUCGCCAUCGGCGUCUCGGCGACCAAGAGCGACGCGUGGCGCAACCUGUGGACGAUCGGGCUGCACAAGGUGCUCGCGGCGGUGGCCAUGGGCAUCGCGCUGCUGCGCAUGAUCCCCAAGCGCCCGUUCAUGACGACGCUGGCCUACUCGCUGGCGUUCGCGGUGUCCAGCCCCGUUGGCGUGGGCAUCGGCAUCGGCAUCGACGCCACGGCCGAGGGCAGGGCGGCGGACUGGACGUUCGCCGUCUCCAUGGGCUUCGCCACGGGGGUGUUCCUGUACGUGGCCAUCAACCACCUCAUCGCCAAGGGGUACCGCCCCCAGGAGCAAACCCGCGUGGACAGACCCUCCUUCAAAUUCCUCGCCGUGCUCGUCGGCGUCGCCGUCAUGGCCGUCGUCAUGAUAUGGGGCUAGACGACGUUCAUCAUCAUAACGCUUAUUUCUCCAGCAAUAUGGACACGAGUAUGUUUUUAUUUCAGUAAUAUUUGUGAUAUGUUUCAUAGACAAGACACAAGCUGAAAGGGGUUUGUGGUAAGCGAGUUGUCCAUUCACCAAUACAUGUGACGUGGGUUCACGGAUUCUUUCACAAAACAUGAACUGAAGCAGUUUGUUGUUAUAUUUAUAGAUGGCAAUAAACACAGAGGACCGUGAGCCCACUAUUUUGGUCU